ACUAUUGAAGUGAGUCAGGACAGCACUUAUCCCCAAAUGCCAAGCACAGUACUAAUUUUCAAACUGAUACCCGCGCCUUCCUCAUCAGCCUCGUGACCAAACUACGGUUACUUACUCCCAGGUCUCCCCCCAUUUUCCCCCAUUUUGAAACUUGAAUUCUUCACAUUUCCCCAUACCCAUAACUUCCUUUCUUCUUUCCCUUUUCCCUCACCUCUAAUCAUCUCCAAUCUCCAUUUUCAUCCUCAAAAUACCCAUCAAAUUCAAUCAAAAACCCAGUAAAAAUGGGCUGUGUAUCAUCAACUCUACUCAAUCAAGACGAAGAUUUCCCCCAAAUCGGAACAACAUCUUUAAGCCAUCACAUUGUUUCUUUAACCUCCACUACUUAUGGCCUUCUUACUCUUGAUCCACCCCCUUCUUCUCCUUCUCCAAUGACCCCUCCAACUCCUCUUCCUCGCUUUACUCUUACUCCUAAAUCUCUCUCCCUUGACCAUCCUACUGAAGUCAUCAACUCAUGGGAAUUAAUGGCUGGUCUUGAUUCUACCCCUGAAUCUCAAAUUGAUGGAAGUUUUAGAUUCUCCCCUCAAUUACCCAUUUCAAAUUCUAAACCCUCUACCCCUAAAUUGUUCCCUUCAAAGGUUAAAGAGAAUUUAAACCCUAAUACCCGAACCCGGAUACCCUUGCAUCUGUUUUCAAACCCAGAUAACCCGAAUUACAAACUUGAACAGUUUGAGAAAGUUUCGGUACCAAAUGGGGAGAACAAGGUUGUGAUUUAUACAACUUCUUUAAGAGGUGUGAGAAAAACAUUUGAAGAUUGUAAUGCGGUUAGAUCUGUUUUUCAAGGUCUGGGUUUCGCUUUCUGUGAGAGGGAUAUUUCAAUGGAUAAAGGAUUAAGAGAAGAAUUAAAGGAAAUUUUAUCACCAUUAAAGAAGAAAAAUGAAGUAAUUAUGAUACCCCCUUGUGUAUUUAUCAAAGGAAGGUACAUUGGUGGAGCUGAAGAAGUUUUCAAAAUUCAUGAAGAAGGUGGUCUUAUUGAGCUUCUUCAAGGUCUUCCAAUGGCGGAAGCUGGUUCUGUGUGUGACGGUUGUGGCAAUGUCCGAUUCCUGCCUUGUUUUAGGUGUAAUGGUAGUUGUAAAUUGGUAAUGGUUGUUAAAGAAGUUGAUGAAGAAGAAGAUGAUGAUGAUGAUAAGGAGAAUAAUAUGAUGAAAGGAAGGAAUAGUUAUACAGGUAGAAAUGUUAGGAGGAAUGUUGUUAUGAGAUGCCCAGAUUGUAAUGAGAAUGGUUUGGUACUCUGUCCUAUUUGCAGUUGAAUUUAUGGAUUUGUAAGUUAAUCUCAAAUCAUCUCAUUAGAGUUUUUAAAUUAUAAUGGUAAUAUGAAUAUUUUAUACUAAACUUGUUGUAAUUGAUAAAUUACAUGUUCAAGUCUUAAUUUGUUUUUCAUUUGGUUUAAAAAGUGUAUAGUUGACUCUAAUUGACAUGUAUUUGCUCUGUUUUUGUUAAUAACUUUUUAAUUUUGU